GCGGCAGCGGCAGCGGCAGCGCGCGCGCACAGCAUACAGAGAGACAGACAAGACGAGACAACACACGGAUACGGUAAAGCCGCUCCGGGGCAACAGUUUGGAAACGGAAGCGUUAAAGAGCAAAGCUUAAAUCCGACUGAAAGCCGCGGUUUACUUUGACGACUUGAUUAAAACGCGCAGCUCUGAAAAGUAUGCAAAGGCGCGAGCGCGUCGCACGCGCACCGGAGAGAAAUCAAUCUUAGGUCUUUAAGGUCGGUGUCGAGGGAGAAGGAAGAGCCGCAGGAACAGACAUGGGUCAGAGAGAAGGCAGGACAAUCAGCUAGCGGUGUUACAUCCUAAAGAGAAGAGAAAAGACAGAGCACCUGAGAACAGAUCAUGGAUUUCAGUACGAUACGGAACAUCAUCACCAGAUGGUGUGCAGGGGAGGAGAACUGGGUGGACAGCAGGACAGUGUAUAUCGCACAGAAAGUGCCACCACCUGGCACCGAGGCCUACAUCCCUCAGAGGUUCCCUGACAACAGAAUAGUCUCCUCCAAGUACACUUUUUGGAACUUCAUUCCGAAGAAUUUGUUUGAACAGUUUAGAAGAAUCGCAAAUUUCUACUUUCUCAUCAUCUUUCUUGUACAGUUAAUUAUCGACACUCCCACAAGUCCCAUCACCAGUGGAUUACCACUUUUCUUUGUCAUCACUGUAACCGCUAUUAAACAGGGCUAUGAGGACUGGCUCAGGCACAAGGCAGACAAAGCCAUCAACCGGUGUCCUGUCCAAGUCGUCCAAAAAGGCAAAGUGGUUCGCAAGCAGAGUCGCAAUCUGCAGGUGGGUGACGUGGUGCUGGUGAAGGAGGAUGAGACGUUCCCUUGUGACCUGAUACUGCUUUCCACCAGCAGAGACGAUGGCACAUGUUUCGUCACCACUGCCAGCUUGGAUGGCGAGUCCAGUCACAAGACCUAUUAUGCCGUUCAGGACACCAAGGCCUUUAAUACAGAGAAGGAGGUGGACCAACUGCAGGCCACGAUAGAAUGUGAACAACCCCAACCAGACCUCUACAAAUUUGUGGGACGCAUCAAUAUUUAUUUGGACCGAAAUGAGCCCAUUGCGAGACCUCUAGGCUCUGAAAACUUGCUGCUGCGAGGGGCUACGCUGAAAAACACCGAGUUCAUAUAUGCUGUGGCUAUCUACACUGGCAUGGAGACCAAAAUGGCCCUGAACUACCAGUCCAAAUCCCAGAAACGCUCUGCUGUAGAAAAGUCUAUGAAUGCGUACCUGGUGGUUUAUCUCUGCAUCUUGAUCAGUAAAGCUCUAAUCAACACUAUUCUCAAGUACAUGUGGCAGGCCGACCCCAACCGUGAUGAACCCUGGUACAACCAAAAAACAGAGACCGAGCGCCAACGUCACAUAUUAAUACGGGCCUUCACGGACUUCCUGGCUUUUAUGGUCCUCUUCAACUACAUCAUUCCUGUGUCCAUGUACGUGACUGUGGAAAUGCAGAAGUUUCUGGGCUCUUAUUUUAUUACUUGGGACGACGAGAUGUUCGACGAAGAGCUGGGAGAGGGAGCACUUGUUAACACCUCGGAUCUUAACGAAGAACUCGGGCAGGUGGAGUAUGUCUUCACUGAUAAGACAGGAACUCUAACGGAAAACAACAUGGAGUUUAUCGAGUGCUGUGUGGAUGGCCAUGUGUAUGUACCGCACGUCAUCUGUAAUGGCCAGAUCAUAUCUGGAGCCAGCAGCAUCGACAUGAUCGACUCGUCACCCUGCAGCGAGAGAAAGGAGCAUGAGGAGCUGUUUUUCCGGGCUCUAUGCUUGUGUCACACAGUGCAAGUGAAGGAGGAGGAGACAGUGGACGGCAUUAAGCGGGGAAUCCACCAGGGAAAAUCCUCGUCCUUCUACAUAUCCUCCUCUCCUGAUGAGGUGGCGCUGGUGGAGGGCAUGAAGAGGCUGGGCUUCACCUACCUGCGACUGAAGGACAACCACAUGGAGAUCCUCAACAGGGAGGAAGAGAUUGAGAGGUUUGAAUUGAUGGAGGUGUUAAACUUCGAUUCUGUGAGACGGAGGAUGAGUGUUAUUGUCAGAUCCAGCUCAGGGGACUACUACCUGUUUUGCAAAGGUGCCGACUCGUCCAUUUUUCCCCGAGUCAUCUCAGGGAAAGUAGACGAGGUCCGAGCUCGGGUAGAGCGUAACGCUGUGGAGGGUUUACGGACACUUUGCGUAGCGUACAAGAAGCUUUCUCAGGAGGAUUAUGAGGAAGUGUGUCAUCUCAUCAACAGCGCUAAGCUAGCUCUGCAGGAGCGAGACAGGAAGCUGGCUGAGACGUAUGACCUGAUCGAGAGGGAUUUCAUCCUUUUGGGAGCAACAGCUGUCGAGGACAGGCUGCAAGACAAAGCGGCCGACACCAUCGAGUCCUUACACAAGGCAGGCAUGAAAGUGUGGGUCCUCACCGGUGAUAAGAUGGAGACGGCGGCUGCAACGUGCUACGCCAGCAAGCUGUUCCGCAGGAGCACGCAGAUCCUGGAACUGACCACCAAGAGGACGGAGGAGCAGAGCCUGCACGAUGUGCUGUUUGACCUGAGCAGAACCGUACUGCGGCAGCAUGGCACCAUGAGCCGAGACACGUUCUCUGGCCUGUCUAACGAGUUCAUGGAUUACGGGCUGAUCAUCGACGGAGCCACUCUGUCUGCAGUGCUGAAACCAGCGCAGAACGGCAGUACAGGAAACUACAAAGAGAUCUUCCUGGAGAUCUGCAGGAACUGCAGCGCCGUGCUGUGCUGCCGCAUGGCCCCGCUUCAGAAAGCGCAGAUCGUUAAGCUGAUAAAGACGUCAAAGGAGCAUCCCAUCACUCUGGCCAUCGGAGACGGUGCCAAUGAUGUCAGCAUGAUCCUGGAAGCUCAUGUGGGCAUCGGCAUCAUGGGUAAGGAGGGAAGACAGGCAGCCCGUAACAGUGACUAUGCAAUUCCCAAAUUUAAGCACCUGAAGAAGAUGCUGCUGGUGCACGGCCAUUACUACUACAUCAGAAUAGCCGAGCUGGUGCAAUACUUCUUCUACAAGAAUGUGUGCUUCAUCUUUCCCCAGUUUCUUUAUCAGUUCUUCUGUGGCUUCUCCCAGCAGCCACUGUAUGAUACAGCAUAUCUCACACUGUACAAUAUCAGCUUCACCUCGCUGCCCAUCCUGCUUUACAGUCUGAUUGAGCAGCACAUCAAUAUGGACAUCCUGAAACGGGAUCCUUCUCUUUACAGAGACAUUGCCAAGAAUUCUCUGCUCCAAUGGCCCAUCUUCAUCUACUGGACAUUUCUAGGAGUCUUUGAUGCAGUGGUCUUUUUCUUUGGUGCUUUCUUCCUAUUUGACAACACCAGCUUCACCAGUAACGGACAGCUAAUGGCCACAAACACGCAGAUGAUGUUCGGAAACUGGACAUUUGGAACUCUGGUGUUCACAGUGCUGGUAUUUACAGUCACGUUAAAGCUCGCUCUGGACACACACUACUGGACCUGGAUCAACCAUUUUGUCAUUUGGGGAUCUCUGCUGUUCUACGUGAUCUUCUCACUUCUCUGGGGCGGCAUCAUUUGGCCGUUCCUGAACUAUCAGAGGAUGUACUACGUCUUCAUGCAGAUGUUAGCCAGUGGACCGGCGUGGCUCAGCAUCAUUCUGCUCAUCAUGGUCAGUCUGCUGCCUGACGUGCUUAAAAAAGUGCUGUGGAGAGCUCUGUGGCCCACCACCACCGAGAAAAUACAGGAUGCAGACAAGCUGUAUAAGGGUCAGCUGUCGGAGUUUACCCCUCUAUCCUCCAUCCACACUCCACCUGCCCACAAACAGGGCGCUGAUAAGGAUCAAAGCCACGCCCAUCGCAGGUCUGACUCUCCCCCUCGUAAAAAAGUGAUGUACACCCGCUGGGGUGGUGGCCCCGACUACUGCACUUUCCGGCCUUUCUUCCGAUUUGGGGGAAACCCCAGGCUGUCCGGGAUAGCGUAUGCCUACGCCGCACCCGGGCGUGAAACUUCCAUCUGAAACGAAAAUCUGAGCAAAACACUUGAGACUUGCACACGAUAGUGCAGACCUGAUCCUGAAAUUACAAAUUGUUAAAGUAUUCACUUGAAGUUCACACUCUGGUCACCAAGGCAGCACACAGCAGCAAGGCUGGGUGUUGGUUGGUGGUUUGGAAGCAGCCCUAAUGGGCCAGCAGGUCCAUAGGAGUGUACAAAGUGCUGUUUUAGGGGGCCUUUUUGUACCUUGAAUCCCGUGUAUAUGCUUGUUUGUGGUUGUGUGUGUUACCCUGAAUCACACCUCCCAUGUGAAAAUGACUUGAAACUAAUAUCCUGGCAACUGAGCAGCUAUAAUCCAACAUACAGCUUUCCCUCUGGAUAGAAAUGAUCUGAAUGCAGAGAUGUAUAUAUAUAUAUAUGAUGUAUGUAUAUACACUCACUGACUACUUUAUUAGAAACACCUGUAACACUCAUUCAUGCAAUUGUCCAAUCAGCCAAUCAUAGGGUCUCGUCAAGACCAGGGCUCUGUUUUUUAUUCAGUCUGUCCCCACUAUUUUCCCCAGUAGCCUCACGUUCAUGCUCAGGUGUGACAGAAGUGGAACCUGAUGUGGUCUUCAGCUCUUGUAGUUCCUCCACUUCACCGUUUGACAUGUUGUGCGUUCCGAGAUGCUUUUUUUUGCUCGCCGUGUUAGUAAAGAGUGUUUAUUUGAAUCGUUUAACCUUCCUUGCAGCUUACACUGAUCUGGAGAAUCUUCUCUAGAUGUUUUUGUUUGCGUAAGCUCUAAAGACAUUCUGUUUGAGGUGAAGGUUACAUUACAUUGCUGUACACGAUAAUAUGCGUUGCGCUGCUGCUGCUGCCGCUGUGUGAUUGGCUAUUUGGCUUAUUGCAGGUAAUGUACGUGCAGGUGUAUAGCGCCAGUGAGUGUAUAUGACAUUUAUAUGACACAGAGUGGUGUGAUCUGAACACAGAUCCUCACACUUCUUUCUUUUUUCUUCCCUUCCUUCCUUCUUUUCUUUUUAUUUCAUUUUAUUUUUUGAAACUUUUUUUUUAGAGCUAACUGGUGUUGUCUUUGCGCAACUCUGGUUUUGAGGAACACUCCGUAAAAGCACCGUUAUUUUGAAUUGUAAGUGGCUGAACUUUAGCCAUCGUUGCAUCUUUAUUCCACUAGAUAGAUAGAGCUCGCCAAGGAUGCCAUAGUGUGUGUAUGUGUGUAGUAGUGUGUUUGUAAAACAUUCGAAGAGCUAGAAUUGGACUCUUACAGCUUUGUCAUUUGUAUUAUAAUUGCACCAGUUGAGUAGCUCAUAUGACAAGUUAGCAACUUAACUCUAUUGCUAGAAACAGUUUAAAACAGUGGCAGCUUGUUAGUCUGGUGUUGGUGCUCAGAGAUGUGCUAUAGCUCUUUGUCAACCCUUUUCUCCUCCCUCUGCCCAUUAAAAUGCCUUUCUUUAGCUUUUUAUUUAUUUAUUUUUUUGGUAAAGCUUCUGCUGACAAACGUGACUAUCUACCUUAGCAUCCAUGUCCUUCUGCCUUAACGCUGUAACAUUACCCAUGCUUCAUACUGUGGUCUGGACACCAAAGGUUGUAAAAUAAUAGAUUAACGGAGUAAACUAGUGUUGUUCUUGCCUUACACUGAUUUGAGGGAGCGGGGAACGGGUGCAUGACGGCAUUAGACGAAUCCUACCGCACUGCCUUAAGUUCACACGCUGCACCAGCAGACAGCUGGAUGGUAGACAGUUCCCUUUUUAGGCUGAUUGCAGAUCAGUUUUUCAUCUAAUACUAUUUUGUCUGUUUGUCUGUCUGUCUAUCUGUCUUGAUAGAAAGAAAGAUAGAUAGAUAGCAAGCACUAUUUUGGUGUAAUGUAAAUAUAUUGAUGAACAGAAAAGCUGGUUGAAGAUCAGUGUAAAAACAGGGAAUCUUUUUUUUUUUUUAAAGAGAGGCGGCUAGCAGUAGCUAGCUUCUUAUAACGUCAUCUACAGCAGGCUAAGCGACACAAGACUCCUCAAGACUUCUCAUUUUUAUUUUCACUCCCAAUGGCAGAGCUUUGCUAUGUUUACGUGGGUAGUAUCUAAUGUCUGUUAACAAGGUUUUAUUUCUGGGUUGAGCCUCAGCGCGGAGUCUCGUGUCGCUACGCUUGCGUCACACUGUCAUUAUAAACUGCCUGAUUAGCGUUCAUAGUCACUGUCUGUUUGUCUGGUGUGUUCAUGUGUCACUCGAUAAGCCACUUUAUUGACCAUACCUGUUCACUAUGUAGCACUUCCCUUUAAUUAAUCAACUUCAUAGUGAAGAGAAGCCAUCUUGGAUUUCUCUAAAAAUGUCUGUUGAGCAUCUGACUUGUAGAAUAGAGAGAGUCUGAUAAGAUAAUACAAAACAAUAAGAGAUGGUUAUAGGGUAAUGCUUCAAAUUGGGUAACAUUGAUCUGUUUUCUUGGUAAAACUUUACAUCAAGGCUUCAUGACAGCUGGCUAGUACAGUUCCUAGUGUCAGGUGUUCACCUUUAAUCAGCUGCUUUAAUCACUCCAGAUGUGGAGUUGAUAUAACAGCUGAAUUAAGCAACAUCUGGUAGACACGAGUUUGUGUUGACCUGCUUUUUAAAUUAUGUCUGUUAUGACAAAAAAAAGUCUGUUAAACAAUUCAACUGUUAAGACUUGAAAACUAACAUAACACUUUAAAUGUUGUCAACAUUUAUAAGAAAUCCAGUUAGGGGUCAGGAUGAGUGGUGUUAUGCAGAUCUGACAGCAACCUUUACACAGUUUAACACUCCAAAAUUCACAAAAACAAAAAACAAAGCCGUCCCUUUUUACGCUCCAUGUUAAUAACAGCAGAUAAUCGACAUUUAAAUCUCAAAUGAUUGACAGCUAUGUACUUGUUCAAGCUUAUCUCCUGGAAGCCCCGCCCUCCGUCCGUUCCUAUUUCUUACAAACUCCGCCCCCACAACAGUAAACAAACAGAAAUUUCAGCUCAAAUGGUAAAAUAAAAUGGGGCUUUUUCAUUCGAAAGAGAAACAUAAACAUUGUGUCAAAAAUCACACUUUUUAAAUCGUUGUAAUGGUGUUGACUGUAAUAAAGUAAUUACACAGCGUCGUACAGGAACCUCCAGGUGCUCAGGUUUGGGUAGUGAAGCUGCUGCGUUGCGUAUCCGCUUUAUUUAAAAUCCUGACACUAAAAAUGUUGCUGUAUUUAAGCUAAUUUUGCUAAAAUCACAUGACAGAAUGUAAACGUUUCUAUUUUCUGAUCGAUCUUUUACGCUUUGUGUACGCUUCUGAACACUUUUCUACUGUUGUUCUGCUGUAUUUGAACUGAAACAGACACCUGGCAGCAUUUCUCCCCUCGUACCGCCUUAGUCCUCAUCAGGGUUGCCAGGUCUGUGCUAUUUAAAAAACAUUCAUUAUGCAACACUGUACUCACUGUUCUGUCCAUGUGACAUCACAGCGGUAAGAUGAGCUACAAUACAGAGUCAGCCGUCGUGACGGUGCGACCGACACGAACACACGGUCAUCAGUCACUUACAUUCGGCUGUGGGAACAGGAGAUUUUAUAGAUUUAUGUCAGUUGUCAUGAAGGGUUUAUGUACUAUACAGUUAGCAUCAUGUAGCUCAAGGAGCACUGCCCUAACAUUGUACAUGUACGUCUAAUCUAAUCUAAUCUAAUCUAUAUACAUGUUCUGUAAUUCUUAGAGUGCAAUGCUUAGAUAAUUCUAGGACAUAUCACACAUCUUACCUUUUGUUUUGUCUCCUUUCCUUUUACAUUCCUUCUUUUGUCUUAGUCUUUGCUCACAUUCUCAGACGUGUCGGAUCUGAUCCUUUCAUCUACUUUCAUACGUAAUUUUACUGUCUUUGUUUCCAAAAAUAUCAUAACUGUUCAUCGAUCUCUGAGCUUAUAACCAUUGUCCAUGGCAGAGUUAGAGACAGAGACCGAGAUAAAUUGAGAGAUGAUGUAUUGAUUGCAAAGAUGAUGUUUGUUUUUUUGUUGUUUUUUUUAAUGUUGUUGCUUCUGCUGUUUCACGUUUCUCUUUAUACUGUUUUAGCUGCUCGUGAGUAGGUGCCUUGUGCUUGAUAGGAAGUUUUAAAGAAAAAAAUGCAAGGUCCAGGAUGCUUGUAAACUUUAUUUUUCUUCCAACCCUUAACAACAAGCAAAAAAACACCAAGGUCAAUACUUUAUUUAUUCCUGACAUGUAAGGAUUGUCAGGUGUGACUUUGGAAAGAUAUCCUUAUUUUUAAAGACUUGUUAUAGUUCAAAUGUACAUUAUGCCACAAUCAAAAUAGAAAAGCUAUAUAUUAUUGCGUACAUGUGUGUGUGUCUGAGGUUUACGAAUUUAGGAAUGAAUGAACUAAUGAACAAUCUAAUGAUGAAUUGAUGAAUUUGCUUCUGGUCCAAAGCUGCAUUGCUCUGUGUCUCUGAAUGUAAUCACUGUUUGUUACUCAAGCUCAAAUACAUCAUCAGUUCAUAAAAGUUUAGGUGUCUGCAUGGUAACGGUAGCUGCUAAGCUAAAUCGUGCAUCUUUUUUUUUUUCUUUUAACAUUCUGCUUAUUCAUAUAUUAGCGUAUAUCUGACAGUUUGAGGGUUAAUUGGCUUUUACCCGGUGACUCUGUUGUCAGUCGUGGGAUUAAAACUUACACCUGGACUAGAACCACUGAACGUCCGUAUUGCGAUGCAUUCUGCUUUGAAAUCGUCAUUCCUGAAUUCAAAAAUGAUCAUCAGUCGCUGAAGCAGUCGCAAAGCCUCAACCCAGACAAAUUACUGAAUGAAAUUCUAUUCAUUCUGAAUGUUUCAUUUUAUCCCAUUUUUAGUUACUAAAACUAUACGGGUCUGUUUUUACAACCACUGUGUCAUACGUUAAUAUAAGGAAAGUAAAAUCACUGGAAAUGUCGAUAUGUUUAUUCAUUUCUUGCACUGUUUUGUUGUUUUCUAAGAAAUGUUUAAGAUUCUGAAUGUAUUAAAGGAGAAGUCUGGUCCAAAAAGUGCAAGUGUUGCUGAUGUAAAGUGAAAAAAAAAAAAACAACAGCGUUCAGUCAGCGUUAUGUCAUUUGGCUGAUGUGUCAUUUACAUCUUCCACCAGUACUUAGCCACUUCUUCUGUUGUAAACUAGAACACUGAUGAUGUGAACUGUGCACAUUUCUUCAGGAAGGCAGUGCAGGAUCCAAUCUCCUUCACAGAUAUAAGAGUUAUUUAGGAGGGAAGACACUUGUGUUGCUCUUUUGAAUUUUUAUUUCUUUUCCGACAAGCCACUGUAUCGUGUAGGAAUUAUUUCUAAGCCAGGAAUCAGAUGUUCGCUGGACACUGGUCUCUGUUUAAACACUGGAUCUUAUCCUAUAGAUCUGACAGAUGUAGAAAUAUUUUGUAUAUCUUAUUGAGAAAAAAAAGAAAGUCAUUUUUGCUAUUUUUUGUAUUCAGAAGUUUAAAAAAAAAAUACCACUCGAUUUAUGGGAUUAGUUUGUUUUAUACCAACCAAAAUUGGAGAUCCGGCAGAGGAAGGCAAUAUAAAAACCAGUAUAACAGAAGAAGUUGCGAAAUAGCUUUAAUCUUCUGCUCUUUCAUUAGUCGUGUUGACGUGCACUGUUCGAGGACGCAUCACACUAGGAAGACUAGUAAACUAGGAAGACACUUUGACGUCCAUUCGCUGCUGUUCACAAAGUGUGACCAAAUACUAUUCUAGAUGUCUAUACUGUUGUAAAGGCUUUACUGACUCUAGUGGGGCUCACAGUAACUCAACGCCAGCCUAUUCACUUUAACCGAAUGUCUGUUUGCUUUUCUUGUUUUUUAUUUUUAUUUUUUAAUUAUUAUUUGUUUCUUCUCAAUCCGUCAGCACAAAGUGUGAUGUUGCUCUUAACUAAGUCUAUACUGUAUAUUUAAAAUGUAUGUAUACUACUGUACACUUUACAGUAUACAUGUAGUCCUGAUUCACUGUACAGUUUGGGGGUCUUUUUGUAUACAGUUUUUAACAGAUUGAUAUCUGUAGAUAUAUGUGGAUUUUUGCCAGCUUUUCUGUAGUUAUUAACAGCACAAAAAGCUGUAAAACUGCUUGUAAUAAAUAAAUGAAGAAAACUCCUGUA